CGACUGCUUCUAUUAUGGUUACAGCCUAAAGGGACAUCGUAAAGGUGAUAUCACAUACAUAACUGAUAUAGCGCUAUAAUUCUAGAGAAAUGAUAUAGUUACAUCGCAACGGCCAAAAACCGCGUCUAGGACCAUGGUCAAACCCAGGUUUUCAAUUAGCCUAAAGGGUAUUGAAACAGCAUUUAGUAGCAAUGAGGCAAGAGCUGAUAUCAAUGCUUUCGGGCAUAAACAACUGAGAAUAGUUACUAAUGCCGCCAAUAUCCUACUGAGGACCGACCCACUAGAAAGGGAUUCCGUGGACCCCGGGAGUUUUGAUAAGUUCAUUAGACAUUCCAUGAGGAUAUUGGUAUCUACCCAACAGAUUACUAGAAACGGGUAUAGAGCUAAUACGGAAGACAGGAACUUGCAUCUGGAAAGUACCAAUGGAUCCAACUCUAAGUAUGGACUACAGAACUCCAGCCACAUAGAACCUCAAUACGGGCGCUACACAAUAAACAACAUAUGGAACAAUGCUACCAUUCAGUUUGUAUCUGCCCUGUCAGUGCACAAACCACUGCUACUCCAAGGGAAAGAUAUAAGAAACCUAGUGUCACAGAUAAGACCAGCAACAGUCACUGCCAGUGACAUGGUGGCACUUUUGGGUGCAAUCCACAAGGCAGGUGCUUCACACCAAGAUGAAUUCGCAUCAGUAGCGGAAACAUGCUACAAGAAUAUCGCAAGUAAAUCGCAAAUUAUUAAACAUAUGUCCACCAGAGAACGGUCACUUGUGCUUUGGAGGAGAGUGGCGACAACAUACAUGAGUGGUAACAUAGAUUACACCCAAUUGAAGCAAAUAAGAACGUUUAUCUACUAUUGCUACAAAGGCCUGGAAGAUGAGGCGUUAUUUGUAAACGGUAGUAAUGAGGGCCAAGCAAGUAUACACCCCCCUCCCGAAUCAUCACGUGACCAAUCUGGACUAAAGGGUCAUAAUCGAGAAGCAAUAUCGCAUAGUAUACCAACGCUGGAAGCUGGUACAAGACACUUGAAUCAACAGAAAACAAUAACGGAAUGUACAAAUUCCAUCGGUCCAAUUAACAAUAACACCAAAUCGUACACAAGGUUAUGCCAAACAAUGGAUAACAUAUACCAAGCAUCGAUCAUCAUGGCACAAUGUUGCACAGGUGCCUUUGGAAGCCCACUGAUAACUGCCUUGGGAUAUUCCACAAUACUACGAUUAAAUCAAAUGGUAGAACUUGCAGAAAGGAUUAGACCGCCAAGAGACGAUCGCCACUUAUCCAGCGAUACACAUACCAAAGUGGCGCUGGCAAUACGCGAUGCUGGAUUCACAGAGUUCCACUGCAUACAUGAACACCAAGUAGGCCAAAGCACAUACUACCUAGAUAUAGUAAUGAAAAAACAUUAAAAGGGAGUGAUUCUACAUACUAAAAGUCGUAUAUCGCAAUCACAUAACCGUAGGACU